CCAAGUAACUCCAACAAAGUUAACACAAUUCCGUCUCAAAAGAUGUCUAAGACUAAGAGGCAUAAGAGUUUUUAUAAAAUAUAUUAGAUUUAGUUCUAGAUUUGUCUAGGUCUCUAAAUAGAUCUAUAUCUGAUCUAGCUGUCACACAAAGGAUUUGGUGCACUUUUAUGUUGCUGUUUCAAAUAAUAUUAUCUCUUUAUAGAUCUAUCUAAAUUUAGAUCUAGAUCUAUCUAGUUAGCACCUAAUCAGACUCAGGCUCAGGCUAAUCACAUAAAACACUAAGAAUUCGUUUAAAAUCAUCGUCAUGCUGUUCCUCUACUUAUUAAGCUGGGUUGCGCUAGUCAUACAAAUGUGUGUUGUCACAUUAUCCAUAGCUGCAGGUCUGUAUUACUUAGCAGAGCUUGUUGAAGAAUAUACAUCAAUAGCUGGGAAAACUAUCAAAUAUCUUGUUUAUGGAACAAUUGUAGUCUAUGCAGGCUUGCUGAUAUUUGAAGAUGUUGGUUUUCUCAUGGUAGCUGGAGGUCUGUUAAGCUGCUUAGCUUAUCUGUUCAUACUGCAGAACUUCCCUUAUUUCUUUCUUACAUCACCCUCUUUUAUCAGUGCUGUUGUGUUGUUGCUGUUCAAUCAUUAUAUGGCUUUUAUAUACUUCUCAAAUAACUGGUAUCCAUUCUCUGAGAUUUUGGCCUAUUUUACUGUGUGUUUAUGGCUUGUACCAUUUGCUUUCUUCGUGUCAUUGUCUGCAAAUGAAUAUGUUUUGCCUACAUCUAAUACUCCAGUGCUAGAGCAAGAUGACUCUGAUGUUGUAAGCAACUACUUCAGAAAGAACAAGAAAAAGCUUGGACUUUUACUAUUCCUUAAAACAGCACAAGAAAGUGUACUUCCUCAAAGAAUGCGGAAACAGUUUUAACUGUAUGUUAAUAAAUGUGGUUUUACAAAUGUGCAUACUUGUAGGUGACAAAAUGACUGGCAACUGUAUUUUGUUAGAUAAAAAAAGUGUCUUUAAUUUUACUGAUUUUAACACUAUUUCCUUACAAUAUGCAAUCUACCUGUUUUGUGUGUGUGUGUGUGUGUGUACGUGUGUGUGUGGAAAUGUCUCACUUUACAUAGUGGAAAGUAGUCAUCACUUUGAUGUUUUAGAAAGUAAGCCCUAUAAAUAUAUUUUUCUUCACACCUAGCAACAGAUUGUCAUCCAUAUUUCUGCAAGAAAAACUAAAAGAUAAAACUUUUAUAUGUACUGUUAGCUGAAAAAUGGUUACUAAUACAGCAGAAAGAGCUUAGUUUUACUUGGCAUAGUUUGAGUUUCAGCACAUCAUACAGCAGAAAGAGUUUAGUUUUACCUGGUAUAGUUUGAGUUCCAGAUAAAAUUUUAUUUCUGUUUUCAGUCCAUUUAAUUAAUUGAUCAAUUUUCAUACGAUGAAAAUCAAAGCACCCAAAGUAUUUCUUUUUCCACACAGGUAAUUUUUAAUAAUUGUGAUUAACCUCUUCUAUAAAACAAAGUUUUCAAAGGAAUAUCAAUACCAACAUUUGCCUAAUUACACCCUAGUAUAUUUUAAUAACUAACAAAUUUAGAAACUAUAUCUGUGUAGAAAAGAAAAUGAGAUUUCUUUUAAUUCUUUUUAAUGUUUUUUUUAAUAACAUAAAUGGUGUAAAAACGAUUCUGUGCAUGUUUAUGCUUUGUAAAGGUAUAUUAAUACUCAAACAAAUGGUGAUCUAUUUUGUUUAAAUGGAGUAUAUGUUAUUUUUUUAAAUUUAAGUACAUGUGUAAAAAACAACAACAUUGAGAAUGCAUGCUUCAAAAUGUACUUUAUUUGCUGCUUGCAUUUAUUCCUUGAGGUUCUUUUCGUUUAUUCUUACCUUCCCAAAACUGUCUGUACUUGAUCAAUGUCAUAAUUACAAGGUUAACUCAUUUCAUUAAUUUUUAAGUAACUCCCUAAAUAUAAAUGAUGAGAUCUUAUUUAUUUCUCUGGGCCAUGAAUAACCACUUGUAGUUGUUGUGCUGUUAAGUAGAACCAAAGCUUUCCAUUGUGCUUUGUUACGAACUCCUUAUGCUAAUGAGUAUGAAGAGACAGUUGGUUUUCUUUUUCAAUCCCUGGAGAUUGAAAAUAACCUAGAAAAAAACUGUUCUUUCACAGUGUGUUCUAGCCUUCAUAACUUUCAUUUUUUAAAAAACAAUAAUAGCUCCUCCCAUUUGUUUAAUUAUGGACUUCAAACAUAUCAUUCUGUUAUAAAACUAGGUCUGAAAGGUGUGUUCAUCAUCCAUCAUUCGAUACUAUAAUAUUGUACUGUACUAGAACAUCCCCCUUUGUUGAGAACAAGAAGAAGAUUCCCCUUUCGUUAUGAGAUUCUUUCUCUUAUCUAUAGUUGCAUACUUUGUUUGGUUGCUUUAAUUUUCAGUUUAUCUAAUGACAUGCAAUAUAAUGUUUAUUUCAUUUUUACUAGUAAGUGGCAUGCAAAAUAAUGUUUGAAUCUUUUAAUAGUCAUUUUUUUCUUCUAUAUUGCAUUUUUUUUUCCGGUUUCCACCUCUAAUUUCUUUGCAAUUUUAGUGGGUCCUGUUUCUGGUGUUAUCCUUGUAUUUAUUUUUGUUUAAAGAUAACACAUAUUAAAUAUAACCAAUUAACUCUUUCAGUGCUAAUUAUUUUGAUCGAAAAAAUGGAUGAACACAAAUUUUUUAUUUUAUUAAACAAUCUAACAUAUUUGAUUUUAUUUAAAGGUAAUGAAUGGGCUACAAAAUUAUAAUAAAAACAAAUUAUUAUUCAGGAAAAUAUUUUUUCAUUAAUUUUUAAACUUAGCAAGGGAAAAGGAAAUAUUAAAAAAAAAUGUUUAAAAUUGAUAUACUGAAAGAUUUAACCUUUUAAUUAAACAUUUAAUCCAUAAAUAUUGAAAAAUCACAAAACUAGACACAUUUAAUCACUUCAAAUUUCAUAAAAGAUUAACAAGUGCACACAAAAAUUGUAUUAUUGACAUUUUUUGGGUCCCGGGAAAUAAACUAAAAAAGAGGAACCAUUAACGCAAAGUUUUCUUUAUUGAUACUGGAUCAAAUUUACUACCAAAACAAAGAACAAUCACUUCCACAUCCAGAAAAUGAAAAAAAAAAGAAAUAAAAAGUUUAACAUAAAAAAGAUAGUGAAAUAAAUAUUAUAAACCAAGUUACUUGCUGAGAGUAAUGCCGCACUGACCAACGCUAGCAAAGUUACUCGUUGAGAGUAACGCUGCACUUAAAGAGUUAAUAUGUUCCUUUUUAGUUUUGUAAACCUUUCAACCCAAUGAUUCUUUUCAUUAUAUAACAACAAAAAGGAUUACAAUAAUAGGGAAUGUAAUGGGUAAAAGCAAACAUCUAUUAAUCCAAAGCACUGAAAGAGAUUUUCCAAUAUGCUGUAAGAUUUGCAAGGAUUAAUAUAAAGAUUAAUAUGUAGGAUGCCAAUGUCAGAAAUAACUUACGCAAAGAAAAAUUAAUGGGGAAGGUGGGGGGGGGGGGGGGACUUAUUUUGGAAUUAGAAAUUUAGAUUAUAACUAGGCAUUACUGAUGUUCUGUUUAGCUUACUGCAAGUUUAAGCUAAAUAUUAAAACACAAAUUAAAUCUGACUAACUUUUGACUUCAAUGAAAAGUAAAUAAUUGCUAUUGUGUUGUGUUACAGAUAUUAUAAAUUGUGCUUUUAAGUUGUAAAAAAAUAUUUCUAAUUCAUUUAAUUAAAAUAAUGUAUUUUUUUAAAUAGAAACGCUGUUAAAUAAAUAUAAAAUAUAUUAUAGUAUAAAAUAUUGCUAAGAAUUUUUAAGACUUCAUUACUAUAUUGUACUUAGUAUUUUCACAAUGUGCAUCCCAGUUACUAAAAAUAUUUAUUGUUGUGAUACUAACAUUAUAUUAUGUUGUGCUUUGUGAUAAUUGCAUGGAAUUAUGCUAUUAUAUUGUCUAUAUGGCUUGAUGUUCAGUCUUUUUUUUUUUUUUUUUAUCAAUAUUUAUUUUGAGCAUUUUUAUUUGUUUUUAGGGAAACAAUGAGAUGAAAAAAAAAUUUUUGUUAAGAACAUUAUCAUUUUUAACACAUAAUCAUUUUGUAUGAAAAUGUGAAAGUCUAAGUUAUAUGCAUAAUACUAUGGAUUAGUUGUCUUGCUAUUCAUUUAUCAUUAAUAUCAUCUCUGUAUCAAUAGAAAAUGUUGUACAUAGAAAAUAUUCUUAUGUAAUGAAUCAUAGUAAUGUAAUGUUUUGCACCAUCAAUUAUUUUUGUAUAAUAACUAUUGUGUCAGCUUUUUUUUUUGUUGUGUAUUUAAAUAAAAAAUUCAGUAUGAUUUAGCAGACUGUUCUAUUGAAAUUUAUAGCAUUACUUUUUUUUGUUAUUUGAUUUGAGAUGAAUAAAAGAAUUAAAAUAAUUUUUACGUUAUUACAAACUAAUGUAGGUAAGUAUUCAUGUUGUUAAAUAUUUCUAAAAUGUUUAGAUUCUUAGUUAAUUAGUGAGAUAUAUUUUUUUUGUUAUAAGCUAAAACAUUAUUGUACAUUUUGCUUUAUAAGAAACUAAGCAAUUAUAAAAAAAUAACAAGAUUAAAUUAAAUUUGUUGCAUUACAACUUGAUACAUGUUUAAAUUGCUUUAAAAGGUUUUCAUAUUUCAUAACAUUUGUUCUGAACAAUUUUAAAAAGUUGUUUGAACUUAUGAAGAUAAGUCUUAAGACCUUACAUAUUUGUUUGAUUUCAAAUCAUUCAUUUACAUUGUUAUUCACCUGUCAGACAUCUUUUUAACUUAGGCUUCCCAACAUGCAAGUUUUGUUUCAUUUCUUUCAUAACAAAUAAAUGUUAAAUAAUUAAUUUGGCAAGUUUUGUUUUUUAGUUUGGUGAAAUGCUUAAAGACAAUUUUUAAAAACAAAAUUACACUUUAUUUUUUUUUUUGCAAUAAAUUUUUUAAAUAAAA